CGCGGUGAUAAAUAUUCAAUCUGAGUGUUCAAUUUUCUAAAAUGCGUUACACGAUAGCAGAGAAAGUAGAAAUGGUUAUUGUUUAUGGUGAAUGUCAUAGAAUUAUGAGGGAAGCGGUGCGUGUGUAUGGUGAAAGAUUUCCCGAUCGUAGAAGACCUUCACUUUCUGUCUUUGCAAACAUUAUAAAAACGUUCCAAGAAACCGGAAAUGUGGAUAAUAAGCCACGCAAUCGAGCUAAAAGAGUAACUGAUGAUGGAAACUCAAUAAACAUUGUAGCAGCUGUAAUACGAGAUCCACGCGUCAGUACUAGACAACUUGAACGCGAGAGUGGCCUCAGUCGUCGAAGUAUUUUGCGAAUACUUCACGUCAACAGAUUUCAUCCGUUCCACAUUUCACUUCAUCAACAAUUAAGUGAAAAUGAUUUUCAAAGACGUUUACAAUUUUGUAAAUGGGGCUUACAAAAACUGCAAGAUGAUGAAAUGUUCUUGAAUAAAAUUUUGUUUACGGAUGAGGCCACAUUUACAAACCACGGAGCAGUUAAUCGUCACAACAUGCACUACUGA